UUUUUUUACAGCAGAUGCCUGUACAGGGGGAAUAUAGAGCACUUAAUAAUGGUGUAGUACCAAGAAAAAAAUAGGAUUAUAGUGUGAUUAUCACAAGAGUCUCAACAUACAUGUACAAACCGGUACCCCUAAUUACAUGCACUAUGUACUUUUAACCAGCGUAUUGUUUUGCUUCUUUUCUCCCAUCUGUACUUUCCUUUUCAACCUUCCAUUAAAGAAAGCUCCAAGAAAUGGAGCUUCCCUUUGGGAAAUACUCCACUUCAGCUCAAAGAUUUGUACUUUUAGUUUUAGCAGUUGCAGUUCUUGGUCUUAUCCCUCUUUACCACCUAUUUAAUUUUUACCCAGCAGAUUUAGUAACCCGAAAUCCAUCUGAAAUUUUACCCACAUACCAUGCUGAAGAGCAGAACAUAGACAUUAAAGAACCAGAAAAAUGUGAUAUUUUCAGUGGAAAAUGGGUUUGGAAUCCGGAUGCUCCAUAUUAUACAAAUAUGACAUGUACUGAAAUCCAUGAGCAUCAAAAUUGUAUGAAGUAUGGAAGACCAGAUAGUGAUUAUUUGAAGUGGAGAUGGAAGCCUAAUGGGUGUGAACUGCCCAUUUUCAACCCGUUUCAGUUUCUUGAGGUGGUAAGAAACAAGUCUUUGGCAGUUGUGGGUGACUCAGUUGCUAGAAAUCAAAUGCAGUCAUUGAUAUGCCUCUUGUCCCGGGUGGAAUAUCCUGUUGAUAUUUCUGACAAUCCAGAUCAAUCUUUCAAAAAGUACAAUUAUGCAACUUACAACUUCACCCUAGCAAUGUAUUGGUCACCAUUUUUGGUUUCAACGAAAGAAGCAGAUGCAGAUGGUCCAUGCCAUACUGGACUCUACAACCUUUACCUAGAUGAAGCAGAUGAGAAAUGGACCACCCAAAUUGAGGGAUAUGACUAUGUCAUCUUAAACGCGGGCCAUUGGUUUGCCCGGUGCAGUGUCUACUUCGAGAACAACCAUCGAGUUGGCUGCCGGUACUGUGGACUGCCAAAUGUUACUGAACUCCCAUUUCCCUAUGCCUACCAAAGGGCAUUCAGAACUACUCUUAAAGCCAUUAACAACUUAGAAAAUUUUAAGGGUGUUGCGAUUCUUAGGACUUUUGCACCCUCUCAUUAUGAAGGCGGGGAGUGGAAUAAGGGAGGUGAUUGUGUAAGGACAAGGCCAUAUGGAAGUAACGAGACCGUGUUGGAGGGUCAAAGCUUGGAGCAAUAUAGGAUCCAAGUUGAAGAGUUUAAGGUUGCGGAGAAAGAAGGGAAGAUGAAGGGGAAGAGAUUCAGGUUAUUGGAUACAACACAUGCCAUGUUGUUGAGACCAGAUGGUCAUCCAAGUAAAUAUGGGCAUUGGCCAAAUGAGAAUGUGGUGAAUGACUGUGUGCAUUGGUGCUUGCCAGGUCCUAUUGAUUCUUGGGCUGAUUUCUUGUUUCAUAUGUUCAAGAUGGAAGGCAUCAGAUCCCUAGAGGAAAAGCUUCUAUGAGAGAGCAACAUUGUACAAUGUAUUGUGAUUUUUUAUGUUUCAGUUAUUUUAGGAUUGUUGUGGUGAUCUAAAGAGGAACUCUGUUACUUGCUUA